UGGCUCCUGGCCCGCGAGUCCCUGCUGCAGCCGCUGCUGGCCCAGACCCGCGUGCGGCUGGGCGACGAGGUGCCUGUCUGCGAGUGUGAGGCCCUGGCCAGCCCUGGCCGGCCUGCACCGCGGGUGGAAGCACAAGGCCCUGUGGACGUCCGCCACCUGCAGUGGCUCAUGGGAAAGCUGCGGUUCCGGUGGCGAAACUUGAUGGCCAGCCAGCAGGAGCAGUGCGCCCUCCUGGGCAAGAUCCACGAGUACACUCGCGGUUGCCACAGUGACCGUAGCCUUGGCCAUCUGUCUGUUACCGAAACGGAGCUGCUCAGGGACCCAGAGGUUGGCCAGCAGCUGCUGCAGAGGCUGAAGACUGAGAAUGCCCGCCUGGAGGCUGCCCUGGAGUGGCGGCAACGUGAGCUUGUCUUCUGGCAGUGGAUGGACACGGUCCUGGGUGCCUGCCCCCCGGAGGUCUCACAGCCCACGUUUCUGACCAGUGUCCGAGAGUGCGGGGCUGAUGCCUUGGAACCAGUGGCACGGGAGCUGCAGGCCCUGCAGGAGGAGCUCCGGACGGCGGUGGAAGCCAGGCGGGCGGCCUGGGUGGCCAGGGCGGGCGGCCUGGGCCAGGGGCCAGAGUGGCACGCUGCCCAACAGGCUGUGCAGGAGGCCGUGAGUCGAGAGCUGGCGGCUCUGCCACAGGCCUGGGAGCGAGUCAGGGGCCGGGCCCAGCCCCAUGGGCCCCACCGGCUGGUGAGGACUGAGGCUGGCGUGCCGGGGGGCCCGGGUCUGCGGGCUGCUGAGGUGAUCGGGACUCUGAGGAGCCGGGAGGCCUGCCUGGAGGAGGCACUGCACCAGCUACAGGCACAGUGCCGGCAGCAGCUGGCCAGGCUGGCAGGAGCUCGGCCUGGCCUCAUCUGGAUCCCGCCGUCCAGACGCUGAGGGCACCUGCUGUGGCCUGGUCUGGCCUUAGAGGGCAGAUUCUAGGCUGGGUAGCCAUAGAGUUGACGUAGAAGCAGUGCCCCACCUUCCUGACCCUGGGUCAUCCCUGCUUCAGACAGAGCUCAGCCCCUUGGCCAACAGUAGCAGGAGUGGCAUGGGCGCUCCCUCCUCAGGAGGUCAGGCCAUGUCCAGCGUGGCGGCUGUGGGCUCUCAGGGUCGAGAGAGGACUCAGAAGUAAAUGCGGAGAACUGGCCAUUCCUCCGCCACCCUUUCAGGUCUUUGGGGACAGGAGUGGGAAGGGGACCUGGGAAGUGGUGGCCAAGACUGGGCCCGGCCAGAGGAGCCUGGGAGUUGGAGGGACGGCUGUGGCCUGUAGCACAGGGUGGUCCCGGAGCCCCUGGGGGGCAGGCAUUGCCCUGGACGCCCUCUGGCUGCCCUUCAUUCUGGCUGUCAUUGUACCACCAGGACCAGGCCUGCGCCUGGUGCGCGGGGGCCCAUGGGAGCUGGGGUGGGGCCUGAGCACGGGGUGAGGGGGAGGCCACUGUGGACAGAGGGGGCUUUGUCCCUGAGGCUGCUUGGUGAAUGGGGCUUGGUCCUGACAAAGAGCCAUCUGUGUGCAGGGGAUGUGCCCCCAGCUGCUAGAAUCGCCCCCAACACGUCCCCCCAGGAGGCACGGGCAGGCUCCCCUCUUCCCAGGGCAGUUGAAUCCUGAACCCCAACUUGCUGCUUGGCAGGUGAAGGGGCCAGUGGGUGGGCUGCCUCCUGCUGCUGCCGCCGGCCAGCUCAGGCCCAGGCCACCCCUAGCCCCUGGGUCUCCUGCCUCACCCCCUUCCUCGUCUCUCAGCGCUUCCUGCCUGCUGUGUGCGUGCGUGUGCUGGAUCCACAGCUCACACGGGCACCAGCCCCUCUCAGCCAGUCCCUGGCCGGACCAGGCGGUGGCCAGCAGGUCCUCCCUUUCAGGAGCAUAUCCCUGAGCUUGUCCUUGUGGGGCUGGUCCCCAGAGAACCCUGGGCCUUUGCCCACCUUCCUGGCCUGGAACCCUUUCCUCUGAUGCCCCUCAGCACCACUGCCCCAGCUCCUCUUAGGUCUCGUUAUUCCCCGCUGGCUCCAGCUGUGACCCUGGGCACAGGGGGCCUGACUCUCCACCUGCACCCUCUGAGUGUGUGCGGUCACUUGUGGACUCCCGGCAGCUGUCCCCCCAUGCGGUGCCUGACCAUCCUGACCACGGGGCAGGACCCCGCUCAUCCCGGAGACCCCUGCCUUGUGUGGACUUCCAUCGCCAGGACGGCCACAGGCCCUUGUGACCUUGAUUUUCAGGGACCCAGAUGAAAGUCACUGUUACAGAACUGUCACUUCUCAAACUGAUCUGUGGUCAAUACACUUCCGGCAACCCCAAGUGUCUGUCGGUGUGUCUCCAGCUGCUGAUUGUGGAGCCCAAGGGGGUCGGCCGAGAGUCCUAGCGAGGGAAACAGCCCCCACAGCGCUGGCUCGUCUUAAGGCUACCGUGACCUGGAGUGGGGCUGGGAGUGAGUCAGCGCUGCCGAAUGGUCCUGCUGCGCUGAGGAUCUGAAGUCAGGUGUGGGCAGGUGGCAGGUCUUCAGUCCCCACGCAGGCUGCUAUUUCUAACUCCCUGCCCAUGCGGUGGCAUUGCCCCCAGCCCCAGGCAACCUCCGUCCCCUGCUGCAGGCGACCUGACAGCUCACAGGCCUGAUGCCAGGGCCAACACCCUCCCCCACCCCCCAGGCUGGAGAGGGCCGGUCUGCACAGGAGUGUGAGGACUGCGCCCGGGGACCCGCAGGGACAGAGCCCUGCAGGAGGUAGGACACUGGCCUGUGGGGAUUGGCUCCCUGAGGCCAACAGGAAUUAGACUCCCUAAGCUAGGAGGCUCUGCUCUUUCAAAGACCAUGGAGAAAGGGCAGACCGGCCAGAGUGGGAGAAUUUGUGGCAUUUGUAGCCAAUAAAGAGUUGACACAGAACUAUUAA